AGCCGCCGCCUAUCCCCCAGGUCGGGAGCCCCGCUUCCAUUCUAAUUCGUCCCUGUCCAGAGCCCAAACCCCUCGUCCUCCCAAACCCUAACCUUAAAACCUCCACCCUACCGCCGCCGCCGCCGCCCCGAUUCCACUUCCAGUCUCGCACUCCCUGUCCGGAUCGAAGCGAUGUCGUCGGACGAUGAGGUCAGGGAGGAGAAGGAGCUCGACCUUUCCUCCAACGAGGUCGUCACCAAGUACAAAACCGCAGCCGAAAUCAUCAACAAGGCUCUGAAGUUGGUCCUGUCUGAAUGCAAGCCAAAAGCCAAGAUUGUUGACAUUUGUGAGAAGGGUGACAAUUUUAUAACGGAGCAAACGGGGAAUGUCUACAAGAACGUGAAGAAGAAGAUUGAAAGGGGCAUUGCUUUCCCAACAUGCUUAUCUGUGAACAACACAGUCUGCCAUUUCUCGCCCCUUGCCACUGACGAUGCAAUCCUGGAAGAAAAUGAUAUGGUGAAAAUAGAUAUGGGCUGUCACAUUGAUGGUUUUAUUGCUGUGGUGGCUCAUACGCAUGUUAUCAAAGAUGGACCAGUUACUGGAAGAGCAGCUGAUGUUCUUGCUGCCGCAAACACAGCCGCAGAAGUUGCAAUGAGGCUUGUUAGACCUGGAAAGAAUAACAAAGAUGUUACGGAAGCAAUUCAGAAAGUUGCCACUGCUUAUGAUUGCAAAAUUGUGGAAGGAGUUCUUAGCCAUCAGCUGAAGCAAUUUGUAAUUGAUGGUAACAAAGUGGUACUUAGUGUUUCCAAUGCUGAUACUAAAGUUGAUGAUGCUGAAUUUGAAGAAAAUGAAGUGUAUGCAAUCGAUAUUGUCACCAGCACUGGAGAGGGAAAGCCGAAGUUAUUGGAUGAGAAGCAGACUACCAUCUAUAAGAGAGCUGUAGACAAGAAUUAUCACUUGAAGAUGAAAGCAUCGAGGUUCAUCUUCAGUGAGAUUAGCCAGAAGUUUCCAAUCAUGCCCUUCACUGCUAGGGUAUUGGAAGAGAAGCGUGCUCGCUUAGGCUUGGUGGAGUGCAUGAAUCAUGAGCUUUUGCAGCCGUACCCUGUUCUUCAUGAGAAGCCAGGCGAUCUUGUUGCCCACAUAAAGUUCACUGUGUUGCUGAUGCCAAAUGGAUCAGACAGGGUAACAUCACAUUCACUACAGGAAUUGCAGCCCUCGAAAUCUAUUGAAGACAAUGCUGAGAUCAAGGGAUGGCUUGCUUUGGGGACAAAAACAAAGAAGAAGGGUGGUGGAAAGAAGAAGAAAGGUAAGAAAGGGGAUGCAGCAGAAGCAGAGCCUAUGGAGGAGGGUUCAAAGGAUGCACCAAGCCAAGAAUAAUUCUGAUAUCUUGAGUUGCUUCCGCUACCUUUGUACCUGCUCCAUCGCUGCAUCUGACUGUGUUAUAUUACAUUCAGUUGUGGGAAUUUGAGUACUUUUUUUUUGAAAGUAUCUGGAGAAAAUGAUCGAUCUUGCUGCACACCCCUUCACAUCAAAGCACAAAAUUAUAACUAUUUAUAAGGUGUACUGAAUGUUUAGCCGUUAGUUCUGGUUAACUUUAUGUCUAAAUCUGCUGUGAUGUUUAUCUAUGGGUUAAGUUGUGGACGGUAUUUCGGUAGUUA